AUGAAUUUGCUCCGGCCUUUUGCACCUAUUAUGAUCACAGAUCAAACCCCGGGAGCCCCUGCAAGCCCCGAAGCACAACUUGACAUUACGAAACUGGCUUUUAUUCGUGCUAUAGACGAUUCUAAGAAUUGUAUUAGAAGUAUUCGAGCAGCUUGGUCACCCCAAAGAAUGUGUGAUCAGGAGUUAUUGGAGGCAUUGAACCCGCACAGUAUUACCGGCCGAAACCUCAGCUCGGCCAUCUACUGGUUGUUUGUGCGACUAGAUCUAGCGGCUGCUUUGGCCACUGACACCGAUAUCCAAGUUCUCCUGCCACGGUCAUUUCCUCACGGGGUUAACGAACACCUGGGGACUGAUCCGUUUGAAGAAGUGUUCUGCUUUGCACAUCGUCCACUGUGGCUUUGUGCAAGAGCCGUGCAGUUCAUGCAUAAUGAUGAUCCAUCCCCGCAUCAUCCUCCACUCCAUGCCUGGCUAGAACUUGUGGAGCAGCUAGAACAAUGGUAUCAAGAACGACCCCAGGGAUUCCAGCCCAUGAUGGAAAUUGACAUGGAGGACCACCCAUCCGGGAUGGGACAGGGAUUCCCGAUCGUUCUUUUCGCGAAUGGAGCUGGGGUAUUCAGCAAUCAGCUAUAUCAUACUGCCAUGCUGGUUUUAUUGCAUAUCCGACCACGUACGGCACGCCUCACAGACUUCCAUUCGACGACCAUGUCGCCUCUUUGGCAUUCGCAGCGAAUCUGCAGCAUUGCCCUUAACAACGAGCGACGAGAGUGCUGGGACCCGGUUCUCUUGGCUUCGUUUUUGGUAGCUGCCCGCCGCAUGACCCACGAGUCUCAGCAGCAGGAGAUUCUGCUUGGCUUUGAGCGCAUUCAUGGAGUCACGGGAUGGGAUGCCACAGAUUUCCUACAUGAUCUCCAGCAGGAAUGGGGGUUUAUAGAAACCUAG